AUGCUCUCCCUGAUGCUUUCCCUGAUGCUUUCCCUGAUGCUUUCCCUGAUGCUCUCCCUGAUGCUUUCCCUGAUGCUUUCCCUGAUGCUCUCCCUGAUGCUUUCCCUGAUGCUCUCCCUGAUGCUUUCCCUGAUGCUCUCCCUGAUGCUCUCCCUGAUGCUCUCCCUGAUGCUUUCCCUGAUGCUUUCCCUGAUGCUUUCCCUGAUGCUUUCCCUGAUGCUCUCCCUGAUGCUCUCCCUGAUGCUUUCCCUGAUGCUCUCCCUGAUGCUUUCCCUGAUGCUCUCCCUGAUGCUUUCCCUGAUGCUUUCCCUGAUGCUCUCCCUGAUGCUUUCCCUGAUGCUUUCCCUGAUGCUUUCCCUGAUGCUUUCCCUGAUGCUUUCCCUGAUGCUUUCCCUGAUGCUUUCCCUGAUGCUUUCCCUGAUGCUCUCCCUGAUGCUCUCCCUGAUGCUUUCCCUGAUGCUUUCCCUGAUGCUUUCCCUGAUGCUUUCCCUGAUGCUCUCCCUGAUGCUUUCCCUGAUGCUCUCCCUGAUGCUUUCCCUGAUGCUCUCCCUGAUGCUCUCCCUGAUGCUCUCCCUGAUGCUCUCCCUGAUGCUCUCCCUGAUGCUUUCCCUGAUGCUCUCCCUGAUGCUCUCCCUGAUGCUCUCCCUGAUGCUUUCCCUGAUGCUUUCCCUGAUGCUUUCCCUGAUGCUCUCCCUGAUGCUCUCCCUGAUGCUCUCCCUGAUGCUUUCCCUGAUGCUUUCCCUGAUGCUUUCCCUGAUGCUUUCCCUGAUGCUUUCCCUGAUGCUCUCCCUGAUGCUUUCCCUGAUGCUCUCCCUGAUGCUUUCCCUGAUGCUUUCCCUGAUGCUUUCCCUGAUGCUCUCCCUGAUGCUUUCCCUGAUGCUCUCCCUGAUGCUUUCCCUGAUGCUCUCCCUGAUGCUCUCCCUGAUGCUCUCCCUGAUGCUUUCCCUGAUGCUUUCCCUGAUGCUUUCCCUGAUGCUUUCCCUGAUGCUCUCCCUGAUGCUCUCCCUGAUGCUUUCCCUGAUGCUCUCCCUGAUGCUUUCCCUGAUGCUUUCCCUGAUGCUCUCCCUGAUGCUUUCCCUGAUGCUCUCCCUGAUGCUUUCCCUGAUGCUUUCCCUGAUGCUCUCCCUGAUGCUCUCCCUGAUGCUCUCCCUGAUGCUCUCCCUGAUGCUUUCCCUGAUGCUUUCCCUGAUGCUUUCCCUGAUGCUCUCCCUGAUGCUUUCCCUGAUGCUCUCCCUGAUGCUUUCCCUGAUGCUCUCCCUGAUGCUUUCCCUGAUGCUCUCCCUGAUGCUCUCCCUGAUGCUCUCCCUGAUGCUUUCCCUGAUGCUUUCCCUGAUGCUCUCCCUGAUGCUCUCCCUGAUGCUUUCCCUGAUGCUCUCCCUGAUGCUCUCCCUGAUGCUCUCCCUGAUGCUUUCCCUGAUGCUUUCCCUGAUGCUUUCCCUGAUGCUCUCCCUGAUGCUCUCCCUGAUGCUUUCCCUGAUGCUCUCCCUGAUGCUUUCCCUGAUGCUCUCCCUGAUGCUCUCCCUGAUGCUUUCCCUGAUGCUCUCCCUGAUGCUCUCCCUGAUGCUUUCCCUGAUGCUCUCCCUGAUGCUUUCCCUGAUGCUCUCCCUGAUGCUUUCCCUGAUGCUUUCCCUGAUGCUCUCCCUGAUGCUUUCCCUGAUGCUUUCCCUGAUGCUUUCCCUGAUGCUUUCCCUGAUGCUCUCCCUGAUGCUUUCCCUGAUGCUUUCCCUGAUGCUUUCCCUGAUGCUUUCCCCUGAUGCUUUCCCUGAUGCUCUCCCUGAUGCUCUCCCUGAUGCUCUCCUGAUGCUUUCCCUGAUGCUUUCCCUGAUGCUUCCCCUGAUGCUUUCCCUGAUGCUUUCCCUGAUGCUCUCCCUGAUGCUUUCCCUGAUGCUCUCCCUGAUGCUUUCCCUGAUGCUUUCCCUGAUGCUCUCCCUGAUGCUUUCCCUGAUGCUCUCCCUGAUGCUCUCCCUGAUGCUCUCCCUGAUGCUCUCCCUGAUGCUCUCCCUGAUGCUCUCCCUGAUGCUCUCCCUGAUGCUUUCCCUGAUGCUCUCCCUGAUGCUCUCCCUGAUGCUUUCCCUGAUGCUCUCCCUGAUGCUUUCCCUGAUGCUCUCCCUGAUGCUUUCCCUGAUGCUUUCCCUGAUGCUUUCCCUGAUGCUUUCCCUGAUGCUCUCCCUGAUGCUUUCCCUGAUGCUCUCCCUGAUGCUUUCCCUGAUGCUCUCCCUGAUGCUUUCCCUGAUGCUCUCCCUGAUGCUCUCCCUGAUGCUCUCCCUGAUGCUUUCCCCUGAUGCUCUCCCUGAUGCUCUCCCUGAUGCUCUCCCUGAUGCUCUCCCUGAUGCUCUCCCUGAUGCUUUCCCUGAUGCUUUCCCUGAUGCUUUCCCUGAUGCUCUCCCUGAUGCUCUCCCUGAUGCUCUCCCUGAUGCUUUCCCUGAUGCUCUCCCUGAUGCUCUCCCUGAUGCUCUCCCUGAUGCUCUCCCUGAUGCUCUCCCUGAUGCUUUCCCUGAUGCUCUCCCUGAUGCUUUCCCUGAUGCUCUCCCUGAUGCUUUCCCUGAUGCUCUCCCUGAUGCUCUCCCUGAUGCUCUCCCUGAUGCUCUCCCUGAUGCUCUCCCUGAUGCUCUCCCUGAUGCUCUCCCUGAUGCUUUCCCUGAUGCUCUCCCUGAUGCUUUCCCUGAUGCUCUCCCUGAUGCUCUCCCUGAUGCUCUCCCUGAUGCUCUCCCUGAUGCUCUCCCUGAUGCUCUCCCUGAUGCUUUCCCUGAUGCUUUCCCUGAUGCUCUCCCUGAUGCUUUCCCUGAUGCUCUCCCUGAUGCUUUCCCUGAUGCUUUCCCUGAUGCUCUCCCUGAUGCUCUCCCUGAUGCUCUCCCUGAUGCUCUCCCUGAUGCUUUCCCUGAUGCUUUCCCUGAUGCUCUCCCUGAUGCUCUCCCUGAUGCUCUCCCUGAUGCUCUCCCUGAUGCUCUCCCUGAUGCUUUCCCUGAUGCUCUCCCUGAUGCUCUCCCUGAUGCUCUCCCUGAUGCUCUCCCUGAUGCUCUCCCUGAUGCUUUCCCUGAUGCUCUCCCUGAUGCUCUCCCUGAUGCUCUCCCUGAUGCUCUCCCUGAUGCUCUCCCUGAUGCUCUCCCUGAUGCUUUCCCUGAUGCUCUCCCUGAUGCUUUCCCUGAUGCUCUCCCUGAUGCUCUCCCUGAUGCUCUCCCUGAUGCUUUCCCUGAUGCUCUCCCUGAUGCUUUCCCUGAUGCUUUCCCUGAUGCUUUCCCUGAUGCUUUCCCUGAUGCUUUCCCUGAUGCUUUCCCUGAUGCUCUCCCUGAUGCUCUCCCUGAUGCUUUCCCUGAUGCUUUCCCUGAUGCUUUCCCUGAUGCUUUCCCUGAUGCUCUCCCUGAUGCUUUCCCUGAUGCUCUCCCUGAUGCUUUCCCUGAUGCUCUCCCUGAUGCUCUCCCUGAUGCUCUCCCUGAUGCUCUCCCUGAUGCUCUCCCUGAUGCUUUCCCUGAUGCUCUCCCUGAUGCUCUCCCUGAUGCUCUCCCUGAUGCUUUCCCUGAUGCUUUCCCUGAUGCUUUCCCUGAUGCUCUCCCUGAUGCUCUCCCUGAUGCUCUCCCUGAUGCUUUCCCUGAUGCUUUCCCUGAUGCUUUCCCUGAUGCUUUCCCUGAUGCUUUCCCUGAUGCUCUCCCUGAUGCUCUCCCUGAUGCUCUCCCUGAUGCUUUCCCUGAUGCUUUCCCUGAUGCUUUCCCUGAUGCUCUCCCUGAUGCUUUCCCUGAUGCUCUCCCUGAUGCUUUCCCUGAUGCUCUCCCUGAUGCUCUCCCUGAUGCUCUCCCUGAUGCUUUCCCUGAUGCUUUCCCUGAUGCUUUCCCUGAUGCUUUCCCUGAUGCUCUCCCUGAUGCUCUCCCUGAUGCUUUCCCUGAUGCUCUCCCUGAUGCUUUCCCUGAUGCUCUCCCUGAUGCUUUCCCUGAUGCUUUCCCUGAUGCUCUCCCUGAUGCUUUCCCUGAUGCUCUCCCUGAUGCUUUCCCUGAUGCUUUCCCUGAUGCUCUCCCUGAUGCUCUCCCUGAUGCUCUCCCUGAUGCUCUCCCUGAUGCUUUCCCUGAUGCUUUCCCUGAUGCUUUCCCUGAUGCUCUCCCUGAUGCUUUCCCUGAUGCUCUCCCUGAUGCUUUCCCUGAUGCUCUCCCUGAUGCUUUCCCUGAUGCUCUCCCUGAUGCUCUCCCUGAUGCUCUCCCUGAUGCUUUCCCUGAUGCUUUCCCUGAUGCUCUCCCUGAUGCUCUCCCUGAUGCUUUCCCUGAUGCUCUCCCUGAUGCUCUCCCUGAUGCUCUCCCUGAUGCUUUCCCUGAUGCUUUCCCUGAUGCUUUCCCUGAUGCUCUCCCUGAUGCUCUCCCUGAUGCUUUCCCUGAUGCUCUCCCUGAUGCUUUCCCUGAUGCUCUCCCUGAUGCUCUCCCUGAUGCUUUCCCUGAUGCUCUCCCUGAUGCUCUCCCUGAUGCUUUCCCUGAUGCUCUCCCUGAUGCUUUCCCUGAUGCUCUCCCUGAUGCUUUCCCUGAUGCUUUCCCUGAUGCUCUCCCUGAUGCUUUCCCUGAUGCUUUCCCUGAUGCUUUCCCUGAUGCUCUCCCUGAUGCUCUCCCUGAUGCUUUCCCUGAUGCUUUCCCUGAUGCUUUCCCUGAUGCUUUCCCUGAUGCUCUCCCUGAUGCUUUCCCUGAUGCUCUCCCUGAUGCUUUCCCUGAUGCUUUCCCUGAUGCUUCCCCUGAUGCUUUCCCUGAUGCUUUCCCUGAUGCUCUCCCUGAUGCUUUCCCUGAUGCUCUCCCUGAUGCUUUCCCUGAUGCUUUCCCUGAUGCUCUCCCUGAUGCUUUCCCUGAUGCUCUCCCUGAUGCUCUCCCUGAUGCUCUCCCUGAUGCUCUCCCUGAUGCUCUCCCUGAUGCUUUCCCUGAUGCUCUCCCUGAUGCUCUCCCUGAUGCUUUCCCUGAUGCUCUCCCUGAUGCUUUCCCUGAUGCUCUCCCUGAUGCUUUCCCUGAUGCUUUCCCUGAUGCUUUCCCUGAUGCUUUCCCUGAUGCUUUCCCUGAUGCUCUCCCUGAUGCUUUCCCUGAUGCUCUCCCUGAUGCUUUCCCUGAUGCUCUCCCUGAUGCUUUCCCUGAUGCUCUCCCUGAUGCUCUCCCUGAUGCUCUCCCUGAUGCUUUCCCUGAUGCUCUCCCUGAUGCUCUCCCUGAUGCUCUCCCUGAUGCUCUCCCUGAUGCUCUCCCUGAUGCUUUCCCUGAUGCUUUCCCUGAUGCUUUCCCUGAUGCUCUCCCUGAUGCUCUCCCUGAUGCUCUCCCUGAUGCUUUCCCUGAUGCUCUCCCUGAUGCUCUCCCUGAUGCUCUCCCUGAUGCUCUCCCUGAUGCUCUCCCUGAUGCUUUCCCUGAUGCUCUCCCUGAUGCUUUCCCUGAUGCUCUCCCUGAUGCUUUCCCUGAUGCUCUCCCUGAUGCUCUCCCUGAUGCUCUCCCUGAUGCUCUCCCUGAUGCUCUCCCUGAUGCUCUCCCUGAUGCUCUCCCUGAUGCUUUCCCUGAUGCUCUCCCUGAUGCUUUCCCUGAUGCUCUCCCUGAUGCUCUCCCUGAUGCUCUCCCUGAUGCUCUCCCUGAUGCUUUCCCUGAUGCUUUCCCUGAUGCUCUCCCUGAUGCUUUCCCUGAUGCUCUCCCUGAUGCUUUCCCUGAUGCUUUCCCUGAUGCUCUCCCUGAUGCUCUCCCUGAUGCUCUCCCUGAUGCUUUCCCUGAUGCUUUCCCUGAUGCUCUCCCUGAUGCUCUCCCUGAUGCUCUCCUGAUGCUCCCCUGA